CUCAAAGAUUACCUGAGUAAAUACAAAACGCACUUCUCCAAAUUUGACUUCCAUCUUCACCAAGACUUCAUUGCGACUCCCCGAAACACCCCAGUAGGAGGAACCAAAAAUAUUCACACUGCAAAUAAUAUAAAUGAUUACUCAAGGGCCAAGGCCGUACUGCCUAUAGAUCCAUCCAUCCAACAAACAUCUAAUCUUUUAUAAAAAAUGACAGGAAGGCAGGAGCACUGAGGGAAAAAAAAUUCAACAAAUUUUGAUUUUUUCACAUGAGUGCUCCAGCUGUCUUGCCGUUGUCAGAUUGUUCACUGGUCGUCGAGCCCUGAUUUGUGAGCUUAGGACAUGCAGAGGGUUGUUUUUUUUUCUAAUGUUUUAUGUUUCUAUGCUGUAGGCUGCAAAAACGGAUUCAUUUUUAUUUGAUUUAUUUUUACUUAUUUAUAAUUUUAUUUCAAUUAUCAUGCCACAUGAUUCUGUGAAAAAGUGUAGUAAAAUGUGUUUUUUAAUUGGGUGAACACCUUUCUCAAUAGGAAUAAUGGAUACCAACCUGGGGACGAAUGUGGACCCAUCCAAGAUGGCGACCCACUGCUAUGCUAGUGGCACGUCUCGUCUACGUCUAUGAUGUCUGGUUACGCUUUCCGUUGCCUCCUACGCAGUUUUGAUUGAAGACUCCCGCCCUGCCAGAAGAGACAGAAACGAAACUUAGAUGUCUGAGCAGCCGCAGACAAAAGAACCAGAAUGCCCUGAAGACCGAAGCGGUCAGAUAUUCACUCCGAAAUAAACAUUCAGAUGUGCAAAUGCGACAACAUUGGCUAUCUUCUCUCGGCUUUUAUUCGAGAUAGAAAGCGGUGACAUGUCAAUGCCAAGGUGGAUGAAGUGACAAAAUGGAGAAUAAUUACAGGUGAUUACGGAAAGUAAUGACCUUUUAAUGCCAACGUGGACAAAGUGACAAAAUUGGAUAAACAUGGCUGACAAACUUGGGCAGUCACCUGAGAACUGGACUGAGUCUGAAGUAAGUUCCUGGCUACAAUCAAUUGGAGUGAAGGAGCAAUACAUCAAAAAGCUGUAUGAAGAAGAAGUUGACGGACAAACGCUCCUUACACUAACUGUUGACUUUUUAAAAACUGAGAUUUGCAUGAAGUCAGGGCCUGCCCAUUUAAUUAUUCAAAAAAGGGAUGCUCUUCUAAACCCCCUGCAGAAUAAUCAAGGGAACAAAAAGCCAACUGGUGACAAAAAUUCUGAAUCAGAGCAGAAGAACAUUCAGAGAUCAACUCAAAGUCUUGCUGCAGUGGGUGUAGCUCCUCAGGCCCCUGUUAGAGAGAGGGAUGUGUCUGAGGAAAGACCUACGCUGGAACAGCCCUCAUCUUCUUCAAAAGAGGACUGCAAACCACGACCAUUUGAUGAAGAAGGCAUUGAAUUCAUUUAUCUAAAACACAGAGUCCUCCAGCCUGAAUCGGGUGCUUUCAAUCUGAUAUCUCCUUGCCAUGAAUACAAGUCUUUUUCUAUUGCUGCUGCAUUGGAUCCAACAAGACUUCGAGCAAAGUUUGCAAGGGAAGUUCUGAAAUUUGCAACAGGCUGUAUGAAUAUCAGGUCAAACGGCACUAUCCACUUUGGUGUGAUGGACAGUAAGGAAGAUGCAGGAUAUGUACAUGGUGAGAUAAUCGGGAUUCAUGCAGAAGAAAAGGACAUUUAUGUAGAUGCUUUGGACUACAUUGAAAGAAGCUUCUCCUCUGACAAAGAACAUGUACGUCAGUGUGUGCGACCACCAAGGUUUAUUGAAGUUAUGGAUCGAGAAAGUACAGAAAAGAGGUUUGUGGUAGAGGUUGACAUUGUGCCUUCACUAAACAUUGUGAAGAAUAAGGUGUAUGCAGUUCGGCUGCCAAAUUUCAAAGAGUCUUCCAACAAAGUAGAAUUUGAGAAAGAAACAAUUCUACGAAGAGUGGGCUCUAAAACAGAACCAGUGAGUGACAAAGACUUGAGUGAUUUCUACCAGAGGGUCAGAGAUAGAGAUGCUCAAAGACAAGAAGCAGAGAAAAAUCAGUUCUUUAGUGCUCCAGAGUCCUGCCAAGACCUGGGAAGAAAGCUCACAAUGCUACUUACUAGUGGAAAGAAAUUCAUCGAAAAAGAAAAAUGGUUCAUACUGGUUACAAAUAAGUUCAAAUCAGAUGACGUUUGUAACAUUGACUGGCUGCUCAACAUGAACGUUUUCUGUGUAUUUGACUUUGACCCAGAGUCAAAGACAUCGGGCCUUUGCAAAACCUACCUUCAGCAUCAUGCAGCAAACAUGCAUUUUCUCCAAAGCUACAGGAAGCCUGCUGGUUCAAGUAUCAAAGAAUUCACAAGCCAACUCCAUCUGUUUGAGCAGACUAGUUGGAUCUUUUGCAAUGGACGCACAGACUUCAUAGGGAAUGAAACUCCAUGUGAUGAAAUGACCUGGAUCAAGACAAAGAUGACUUUCCUACGAGAAUCUGUUUCUCUGAUCUGCAAACAAAUCUUACCUAAAGGGACUUUUCAGGUAAUUUUUCUUCUAACAUCACCUGUAGAGAAACCACUCCUGCAUACCUUUUAUGAGUUUUUCACAGACAUGGAAGGUCAUGAGGACAUCAUCUGCAUUUGUGAAUCUGAGAAAAACUACCAGAAGUGGCAAAGCUUUGCAGAGGGUUCAUGCGGAAAGGAAACCGUUAACAAUUCAAGUGUUGUUGGAAUGAAAAUGAGUCAUGUCAAUGCAACUCUACAGCAUGUACAACCUGUCAACGCAUGUGCUCACAAACAUUUGCCAGUCUUUGUGAAAGGGACCUGCCUGCUUGAAACACAAAUAGAAGAACAAAUGCAUUCCCUGGAAAUUCUAACUGUAGACCAUUGUAAUGAAACAAGCAAAGACUUCAUCAAUGAGGAGAAAACAAACAUUGAACGCCAAUUUUACCGUGGUGGCAGAGUGACUUGGUUGAAUUUCUGGCUUGCUGAGAACAAAUAUGUUGAUGAAGUAAUUGAAAGAGAUUCUUAUCAUGAAACAUCCAAACUUCUCAAUGAUGCUUUGAAGUAUAAUUUUGAUCAGACACCGGUGAACUGUAUAAACAUCUACCAUCACCCAGGAAGUGGUGGAAGCACUGUGGCCAGACAAGUGCUGUGGAACAACAGGAAGGACCUGAGAUGUGCGGUCAUCAAGCCUUCCUACCCUGUGUCUGUUGUAGCACAGCAUGCAGUGGAACUAAGAGAGUAUGAAGAAAAAGAUCCUCAGAUGUGCCUUCCUGUGCUGCUCCUAAUUGAAGACACAGAAAAGGAAUAUCUAGAUGAUCUCAGGCAUGAACUGGAGGAUGCCAUAAACAACAAACGAAUCCAGUCUGGAACCCUUUGCUUCAUUUUGUUGAGCUGCAGACAUUCCCAUGAUCCAGAGAGGAAAUGUAAAGAGUCUCCUUUACAGAACGUAUCUGUUACUCACAAACUGUCUGCUGAAGAGACAAGAAAGUUUGCAAAAAAACGCCAAGCUCUUGAGGAACGAUAUGCCCCUCAAUUCAUCUUGACCUUUGUAUUGAUGAGUGAAGGAUUCUCUGAAGACUACAUACAACACUUUGUGACACAUUUGCUUCAAGGUAUUGACGGGGAUGCUGUUGUCACUCGCCUCAUUCACUAUGUUGCUUUGUUGAACACAUAUGUUCAAAACUCUUUCAUCUCUCAGUCCCAUUGUGAAGCUCUGCUUGCUUUAACUAUUCACUUGGAACGGUUUCGCCAGCAUGAGUUUGAGAGGUCACUCAGCGAUCAGGCUAAAUUAGUUUUUUUGCACCUUAGAGAUGACAAGACACACAUUGAAUCAAUCAGAAUCAUCCACCCACUUGUUGCAAAAGAGAUUCUUCAACAGCUUCUGUGUGGCAAACAGACUCAAAGCCAAUUGGCAAUGAAAUUGCUCCGCGAAAGUGUUCUUUUUGAGCACAGAUUUGGAAGGGACGAGUAUUUGGCAUUUCUGAGACAACUCUUCCUAAGGCGGUCCAGAAUAAGUAAAGGAGAUGAGUAUGAUAGUUUCUUCUCUCCCCUCAUUGAGUAUGUGUGUGAAAAUGAGAAAAGCCCCAACAGAGCAAUUGAGUUACUCAAGGAAGCAUUCGAUUGUUUCCAUCAAGAUCCAUUCUUUGCCCAACAACUUGCUCGUCUUCUUUACACCUAUGAGAAGUUUGAAGAAGCAAGGCACUGGGCAGAGACAGCUGCUAGACAAUUGCCCAACAAUUCCUACAUACUUGAUACAAAAGGGCAGGUGUAUAGAAAAUGGUUCCAGGCAAAAUGCAAAGCAAUAGAAAAUGACAACAUACCAAAGACGGCCGAAAAUACAGCAAAUGCCGUUGAAAUUGCCUUGAAAGCCCUCGAGUGUUUUCAAGAAUGUGAGAGGGCCGCUGAUAAAGAAAUGGAAGAUGUUAACAGUUCAGGCUUCUUUUCAGAAGUUGAAAUUGGAUGCAGCUUGCUUAAACUGAUCUCCUCACUGCAGGUGUUUGCAGAUAGAACCAAUGGCCACUCUGAAUGCAUGAAGUACCUGCUCACAGAUUACAUUCCCGAAGAACUUGAAAGUUCCUGGGAACCAUUUCAUGGCCGCUUGAAGAAAAUUCACAAAACAAUGCAGGAUGCCUUGGAAUGGAUUUCAGAGGACCUCAGUUACUUCCAGACAGACAUUGGAGAUGAAGAAGAAAUCCCUGAAAGUCAGGAAGAAAAAAUAAGCCAUCCACUCAUGUGGUUGGCAAAAAAAUCUUCUGAAUAUGGAAAGUACUUUAGUGAAGCAGAUUCUGCUGCGUUUCUGAAACAAGGUCAGUCAGUCUCAACCAACCUCACUCCAUUCCAAAAACGCAUGAUCAUUUAUCAUCUUGGUGGAGGGAACAUAAUUUCCAUUCUCUCCAAGCUUGCUGACCAAAAGGAUGGAGUGCGUCGCCUGGAAAGUAUCCUCACUCUCUACCCCAGCAACCCAUUAAAAGCCAAAUUUACCCAAAGGGACAUUGUCAAUUACAUAGCUGCACACAUUUCAUUGAACUGCUUGUCCCCACAAAAAAAAAAAGUUGAUUCUCUGCUAAAUCUGCAGACUCUAUGCCGCCAACUCCCAUCUGAUAAAAAGAAAUGUUUACCAAGUGCCCUGUUCUUGCUUACCUUGCUUUUCUGGCCAGAAGAUCAUGACACGGAACAGGAAAAAGAAAGCAAAUAUGAAACUGUACAAUCUGCAGUUGAGCACCUUGAAAAAGACUACUGGACCAAGAUGAAAGACAUUCCUCAGCGGAGGAGGAGGAUUUACACCCAUUUUUUCCUUGGGAACGGGAUUGGGUUGGAUAAAUAUGUUCACAAGAGAAAGUUUGACAAAAUCACAAAGGGAUUUUCAGUUUCUGAAAAACGGUUGAAGUGGUUUAGCGGUGAGGCAUGGAAAAUGACUGAGAUUGCCACAAUGCUGAAACGUGUUUCUGGAUGGACUGAGGAUAGAGUGGUGUACCUUGAAGGCCCUCAGAAAAAGAAGUUUAAUAUCCGACCUCUUUUUGUGCCUUCAGUACCCCAUAGUAAUGAGAACAUCACCUUCUACCUAGGAUUCACCUUUAGAGGUCCUGUUGCUUGCAACAUUCUUGUAAAAAAAUAGUUUCUUUAGAAACGACUGUUUAUAAACUUGCAAGGCAUGUAAAACAUGGAUAAUACAGGAAUUUCCUCUUAAACAGGCAAAGAUGUAUAUUGGACCAACAAAAAGAUAUCUUUUUUUUUUACCUUACAGUUUUGGCUUCUUCCUUGAAGUCUUCUUCAUUAGCUUUCGUGUGUUGGAGACAUUGCACAAACAAUUUCAGUUAUGUGCUGUGUGAAAGUGGUAAUUUUUACCGAGGCAUAAUGAACUUUAUUAAUACUGUUAAACAUAGAUUCAAGUAACAUGGGUAAAAUCAUGGACUACAAAAAGUAGGGAUGCAACAUUUCUCCUUGUUGUUGAAAACUGUAGCCCCAAAUCUUGUUUAUGGAACCCACACCUCUGCACAGAAUCAUGCCGUUUUAAACCAUGAAAUUAUUUUUUACUACGGAUGUCCCGAUACAACUUUUUUCACUUCAAAUAUGAUACCAAUAUUGCAGUCUUCAGUAUUGUCCAAUAUCAUUCCGAUAUGACAUUAGCACAAAUCACAGACUUUUACCUAUUUCAUAUAAAUGUAUAAAAGGCUUGAUCACGUGAUAUUAUUCAAAUAGAAAACAAAAGCAAACAUCAGUAAGUAUAAAAAACUACUUUUUUUUAUUAACCUUUGGUUGCAUAAACAUGAACAGCUGAGGUUAGGGGCAGAAGGAAAAAUGCACUAUUGUUCAGUGACCAACUGCUACGAGUUGAGUGUCUAAAGUUUCAAUUUCGCACACUGCAAAAAUCCACAUGCAAUGAUUUGUGAUCCUGCUUCAAAUGCACAAUGAGGUUGGACGUAUUAAUCUUCCCUGGUUCUGUUCCAUCACAGGAAACUUGUGCACAGUGAGUGUUGCACUGAGCCUAACUGUCUUUUUCAGACUUUAACGAAAAAUGCAGCCACAUGGCCGACAUUGUUCCUUGCUACUUUGCUAGCACACAUUGUUCUGAUCAUGUGGACUUUGCAUGCUGGAUCUGGGCACUGGUGGAUAGAAUUGCUGGAAUGGAAUUUAAAGCGAAACGUACUGCUAAUAUUGGACAUUUAUGAUGUAGUUUGAAAUCAUCCGAUACAGUGUUUUGGGCCGAUAUCAAUAUCGUAACUGGACAUCCCUACUUUUUAUUACUAAAUUCAAAAGAAACACACAAGAAGGUGAGACCUACAUAAAUCAAUGGGCAUCAGUACCUGGAACAAAAACCUAUGUAUUUUAACUUUUCAUUUAGGAAAAUGGCCCAAUUUAACUGAAACAAGGAACUGGGGGGGACCCUUGUUUUUUUUUUCUGCUUCAGUUCCCAUGUUGCAUUCGGAUGUUUCUUUUCCUCUUAUGUUGAUGGGUACAAUAAUACAAAUGUUCUAUACAAUAUGGAAAUGUUGAUUCACAAAUUGUGGUAUAUAAGCAUGUAAAUGUCACAAACAUUUUGACUUGGAAUACAUAACAAGUAGAUUUGUUAUUCUUUGUUAUUAAAAAAUGCAAAUGUAUUAUACUUCAGUUUACUAAUAUUGAGUGUAUUAACAAUGUUGAAUAAAAAGUACAUUAGUAUAUUCAUAUUCUUUACUUGUCUUUUACAAAUUUUCUUGUGUAUUUUUAGAAAUUCUGAAAUUUUCUGAAAAUAAUGAGCUUUAAAUAAAGAAAUGCAAGUUUUUUGCUGUUCAUUAUUAUGUAAGACAUCCAACUAAAUCCAAUAAAACUUUUAUUCAAA